AUGGUCCAUGAUCCUUCAAUCAACUAUACCAUGGUGAAUGAGUUCAUCCUAUUGGAGUUCACCAGUCACCCAGUGUUGGGCCGCCUGCUUUUUGGACUCUUCCUGAUUAUGUAUGCAGUGACACUGGCAGGCAAUGGACUGAUUAUGGCUGUGGUGUGGGCUGAUCCUCUCCUCCAUACACCCAUGUACCUCUUCCUGGGCAGCCUCUCAUACUCUGAGACAGCCUACACUUUGGUGGUGAUCCCAAGGAUGCUUUGUGACCUGAUAGCCCCCCAGAGGCCUCUACCUUUGGCAUCAUGUGCCACACAAAUGUUCUUCUUUGUGGCCUUAGGUGUGACUGACUGUCUGCUGUUGACCGUCAUGGCAUGGGACCGCUAUGUGGCCAUCUGUCACCCACUGCACUAUGGGACCCUCAUGAGACAACAGAUGUGUUGGGGCCUAGUGAUGGGCUCGCUCUGUGGUGGUUUCACUCUUUCUUCCUUCCUCACUGGCACAGUUUUCUCCCUGCCAUUUUGCGCACCCAAAUAUAUCCCUCAUUUCUUUUGUGACAUUCCUCCUGUGCUGAGUCGGGUCUGUCCUGGCCACGGAACUACUGAAGUCAUAAUUAUCACCUUGGUUGCCAUGGUCCUCAUUGUCCCUUUCUCCUUCAUCAUGCUCUCUUAUGGGUGCAUUUUGAUGGCUUCUCUGCACAUGCGCUCCGCUCAGUGCUGUCGCAAGGCCUUCUCCACCUGUGGAGCUCACUUGACAGUGGUCUUCCUUCAUUAUGGAUGUGCCAUCUUUUCAUAUGCUAGGCCUAAAGGCAGCUACGGUGACGGCAAGGACCAUAUCUUUGCAGUGUCUUACACUGUUCUUAUUCCCAUGCUCAACCCUCUCAUCUACACUCUAAGGAAUAAUGAAGUCAAGGGAGCACUUAGGAAGGUAAUGACCUGGCGCCUCAUUCUUCAUGAGGGAUAG